UGCAGAUGUCGGCUCCGAGAAUCUAAUAUUGAUAGAAAUGGAGUUGCGAAUAAACAAGGAGUCGUGUGAAGCCAGAAGACAAGGAUGUCAGGCCUGCUGAAACGGCAGCGUCGUUCCAAGGUUGCCUGUGAGCCAUGCCGGACCAGGAAGAGGAAGUGCAACGGCCAGCAACCAUGCGAGAUGUGCACUGACUCUGAGUACACAUGCCACUAUGACUUGGGGUCACGGAAGAAACGAAACAAGGGCCUCGCCCUGGGCACUCUGACGGCAGUCCGACCGGCUCAUGCGCAGCAGGGGGGUCGCAUUCAGAGUCCCCAAGGGCACCGACUCUACCACGACCAUCACCACCUGUCGAUCGGACCAAAUUCGGGUGCCGUCUUUGUGCAGAACCUGGGACUCAAGAUCGACCCUGUCAAUGCACUCGAUCCUCAAGUCUUCGCGUGGAAUAUCGGGCUGCGCCAAUUGCCGGGCAGCUUUAUGGCGAUGCCGAUAGUGAAUAUCAUAUCCGCCGAGGAAAUGACCGCUUUGAUGCACAUUUGCUUCGAUAAGGUCGCUCCGUACUACGGCUUCGUUGACAAGGAUAGCUGCUAUGAGUAUAUCUCGUCGAGAUGGGAUCGACCGUCCGCUUUUGAACCCUGCGAUGUCGUUCUUUGCGGAGUGGCCGCGAUGGGCUACUUGUUUUCUCGAAGGAAGGCAGUGGCUGCAGAGCUGCAUCUGGUUGAGUCGGCCAAGUCGGCUCUUGAACAGCGUUCUGGACGCGAGAUACCACCACUGAUGCUAAUCACGGGAUGGGCUCUUCGGGUUUCUUACCUGCGGUUAACGGCAUCGCCUCACACGGCUUGGCUGGCGAGCUGUUCAUUAAUGCACCUCAUUGACGCGUCCGGUCUACACCUGGAUCCGUCAUCCAGACAUGCGCUCUUACGACCGACACUGAAUAUCGACGAUGAUAUCAGACGUAGGCUCGUCUCGUUUGCCCAGUACAUCAACACAUGGGUGUCCUUUGACUUGGCACGAUCACGAAUCAUCUUACACGGCGCAUCAUACUCAACCCCGUCCAGUCGAGACGGAGAUUUCACGGCGGAGAUGUUGGAUCUGUUGCCCCUUUCCGAGAGCCUCGACCCCUACACCUCGGUCGACGCCGUCCAACUUACCACCAUGUUCGUCAAUAUCAUGCAGAGCAAUCGCGCGCAACCCCCGUCCGUUCUCUCUCAAUGCAACCUCCUCUUAUGUAUCUUCCGACGUCUGCGUGCAGUUCACUCAACUCUAUCCCCGAACCUUAUGGGCCAAAUGUUGGAGCUAAUUGCGAAAGCUCUCGCUUGCGCCCGGGAAUUAGUAGACGCAAACUGUCCCUGGAGUCAUGUGGCUAAUGUCCCUUUCCAGAUUAUCUGCACGCUACUAGCAGUGGAUAGUCCAGAGUCGUUGUCCCUGUUAGACGACGCCGUGCAGACCCUCAAAUACGUAACGGAUGCGUAUGACACAGGGGUUCUGAGGGAUGCAUACCGAACCGCUGGUUCCUUGAUUCUAUUACAGCAGAGACGAAAGGAUCACGAUGCGGGCCGUCUGAAUACUAUCUUGGGCCUACACUUCGGCCCUGAUCCUGAAGCCAUUUCCCAGCGACGACAGAGUAUGCAGGACUCCGAGUCGUUUAGGGACUUGGUCGCGGAUUUGUCCAGUUCGGAGAACUUCGAUUUUGCGCAGUUCUUUAUCGCGGAUAAUCCUUGGAAUGCACUGGGAAUGGAUAGCUAG